CUUAAUUUAAACAACUAAUAUUAAAACGUUUAUGUGAUGCAGAAGUGUUUGUGUCGUGAAAUAGUUCACUUUUCGCAAAAUGUUUUCUACGAUCAACAUAAUUGUGGCCGGUUAUUACUUCUGGAUUAUUUAUCAAUGGGCCGUAAAAGCAGUCGUGCUACAAGACAAGCUGACGGUUUAUCUCCAAAAUGGAAACGAGGCUCCCGAAUACGUCUACGUAUUAGAAGGAACGGCGGUGAAUUUGAGUUGCCAUUCACCCCUUGACCAAAUCCAGUACUCUUGGGCGAAAUUCGUCGAUCAUUCAGUUACAGUUGAUGGAGCCUUUCUCGUGCUAACGAGCAUACAACGUCAUUUUAAUAAUCGUUAUACGUGCACUGCACGUAAAAUCGGCACUGCUGAAACCGCCACAAUCUCAGUUGUUCUCAUUGUUAUAUAUCCACCCUCGAGACCAGUUAUCUUCGGUCCAGAUAUUGUUGUUUUGGGAGAGUCGUUUACCUUAUCCUGCCAUGCGGACGGUAAUCCUUUACCAAAUUUCUACUGGAAGGUAGCCACCCAUGUAGAUGACAUAGAUACGAGAGGACCUGAGUACAAAUUUACGCCGUCUUCUAGUAACCACUCCAUCCACCGUAUUUGUUACGCCGAAAUGACGCUUUUCCCGACCGUCGGAACACAUCAAAACCAUUCAAUUUAUGCGGAGAAGGAAAUUAUUGUUCAUGAGAAGACCAGUAUAGUGUCUCUUCCGAGCAAUGUGGAGACCGUGGUCGGGGCAACGGUAGAUAUCGAAUGCAAGGUAGCUGGUGCCCCAGUUCCUCGAGUUUAUUGGACAAAGACCGGGGAUACAAGUUUUGCUUACCAGACUUCUAGGCUUUUCCUACUGGACGUUCAGGUAUAUCAUGCUGGUAUAUACACUUGCAACGCUGAAAAUACUAUGAUGCCAUCUGGUCGGGGAAGGCGAACUACCAGGGAUUCGAAAGUUGUUGCACUUCACGUGAACAAUCCUGUUUUUCCCGAUGCUUGCAAGGACUUUUGCAAUCCAGACUGGAUUUGUAAUAUUACAACGACGCCACUAUCUUCCACGGUUUCGUCGUCGACAAUCGCUUGUCCCUCUGGAAUCCCUGGACUCAUCGUAGCUACUGUGACUGGCUGGCUGCUGGCUGCAACUUUGUUUGUCAUAAGUCUAUAUUUUUUCAAAUGUCUGCGACAGUCAUCAACUAUUGCAAAGCCAACUGAGCAUGAACAGGCCAAGGCACAUUUGCAGAAUGAUAUCCAAACGGUUGCUAAUCAAAGAAGAGAAAGAACGUUGCCCUACAAUCACAUAGAGCAAGAGGAGAUCGUAGAUUCACCGUAUACAGAAAUACAGGUGGAACAAAAAGCCGGGCCGUCCUCUGACCAGAACCAACCAUACUACCUCACACCGUAUUGAUUAUUGGUGUUGCGACCAACUGAGCAAAAGUUUGCAAGCAGCAGCCGAGAUGUGUAUACAUACUGUAAGAAAGUUAUUCAUGAGAACCAUAAUCCAAUAUUUGGUCAUCUUGUUAUAUGAUAUAAUUGAACUUAUUGCAUGGAUUGUAUUUAGAACGUAUGUUGAACGUGUUUAGGUGAAUUUCCAGCGAUAAUAUAUGUUUUGUUAUUUUGUUUGUGUUUGUGAUUGUAUAGCUUUCGAAUUAUUAUAAAUAUAUAUGACCUUUUUAGACAGCUCAAAUGGUAAAAACAAAUAUGUUUUAUCGUAUGUAUGUCUUGUAUAUUGUUAUUCGUUGUGUAGUGUUGUUGAAUGAAAAUUAAAAAAAAAUCUGUUUCUGUA